AUGGGCACGAUCCCGCAGCACUUUGAACAGGUCGUUUCCCGUCAUGGCGACCGCGCGGCCGUCAUCGCCCGCUCGCCCGCGCCAAGCGGCUUCGAAACUACCCUCACCUACUACAUGCUGGACCUGCUCUCGAACCGGCUGGCGUCGUCCCUGGCAAGCCUGGGCGUGAAGAAGGGCGACCGCGUAGCCGUGUCACAGGGCAACACACCAGAGUUCGCCGCCCUCACGUAUGCCUGCUUCAAGCUGGGCGCCAUCCUGGUGCCGCUCAACCCGUCCUUCAACGCGGCCCAGGUCCAAGCCGCACUCAAGCACCUAUCGGCCGACGUACUCGUCAUGGGCGCCGUGACAGACCUUGCCUACAAGCCCGGCCAGGGCCGCAGCAACGAGGAGCUCCUGGCCAGCAUCGCCGGCGACCUGUCUGCGUCCAAGCUCCAGAGCCAUGCCGUGCCGAGCCUCAAGCGCAUCGUCGUUGUCGACAACCGCGUUUCUCACCACCACGUCCGCUUCAAACUCGACGAGUAUCGUGCCCUGACUCUCUACCGCUCCCUCCUCGACGGCUCGGACCGCGCCGUCACCCCCACCGCGCCCCUGGAUCCUUCCGACACCAUCAACAUCCAGUUCACGUCGGGGACCACGUCGACGCCCAAGGCGGCCAUGCUCACCCACCGCUCCAUCCUCAACAACGGCAUCUUCAUCGCCAACAGGAUGGGCCUCGCCCCGGAGGACCGUAUCGUCGUCCCGCCCCCGCUAUUCCACUGUUUCGGCUGCAUCCUCGGGUACAUGGCGACGGCGACGACGGGCAGCGCGAUCCUGUUCCCCAGCCCAGCGUUCGACCCAGUCGCGACGCUGAAAAUGUGCGCCGAUCACGACGCCACGGGCCUCUACGGCGUGACCACCAUGCUCGUCGCCGUGCUCGAGGCGCUCGACGUGGGCGUCGUGCCCAGCGCACCCGCCCAUCUGCGCAAGGGCAUAGUCGCGGGCUCCUCGGUCCCCGAGACCCUUAUGAAGACCAUCUACCGCCGUCUCGGGCUGCGCGACCUCGUCAUCUGCUACGGCAUGACCGAGACCUCGCCCGUCAGCUGCAUGACGUCUCCGUCCGACCCCUUCGACCGCCGCUGCGCCUCCGUCGGCACCCCGAUGCCGCACACGGCCGUCAAGAUCGUCGACCCCCGUGACCGCUCGCGCCUCGUCCCGCUCAACACGCGCGGCGAGCUCGCCGCCGCCGGCUACCUCGUCAUGCGGGGCUACUUCGGCGACGACGCCAAGACGGCAGAGGUGCGCGUCUCCGAGCCCAGCCUCGACGGGUCCCCCGGCCACACCACCUGGAUGUACUCGGGGGACGAGGCGGAAAUGGACGAGCACGGCUUCGUCACCAUCACCGGCCGCAUCAAGGACCUGAUUAUCCGGGGUGGCGAGAACAUCCAUCCGCUCGAGGUGGAGAAUUGCUUGUUUCAGCUCGACGGCGUCAAGGAAGUGUGCGUCGUCGGCGUGCCAGACGAGAAGCUGGGCGAGAGCGUGGCCGCCUUCAUAGUGCCCCAGCACGGUUGGAAAGGGGACGACGGCCACGACGGCGGGCGAGACAAGAUGCUGCUGAGCAAGGAUGCCGUGAGGGAGUGGGUGAGGACCGAGCUGUCAAGCCAUUUGGUGCCCAAGCAUGUCUUUUGGGUCGACGACUACCCCAAGACGGCCAGCGGCAAGAUUCAGAAGUUUAAGCUGAGGGAUAUGGCCGUCAAGUUUCUGCAACCCCCCCCUUCUUUUGGGCGGAACGGGUGGGCGUUGGAUUUGAAACAUGAACCAGUGCGUCGGAAGCAGCCCGUGUACACGUCAGCAGCCGCACUGCAUCUUGGAAACACCAAUGAUCCAUGGCCUUGA